AUGUCGAUGUUGUGGAAUAGAGAGACGGAAAACAUUUGCAUCGUGUUCAGAUCUUGGCAAAUCACCAAUCGAACAUCCUUGUUGCUUAGUCUGCUGAUCAUCGUGCUGCUCGGCGUAGCGUACGAAGGACUCAAGGCGGCCAUCAGAAAUCACGAUGCCAGAUUGGCCAUCAAAUAUCAUAUUCAUCCCACCGACGCUGCCGGGGCAAUGUCUGCUGGUGGACACAGAAGGCGCGCGAGCUUGCUCCCCUCAAGUCACUCCCGCACUCCAUCAGGACCCACCGGACUCGGCACGUCUGCCAACCCGUCUUCGCGCCGGGCCACCAGCUCACAUUUGGAUGACAAUUCGACAGCGCUCAGGAAGCAGAGGAGACGAUUCGUGUGAGUUUGUUUUUUGGGUGGCGAAUGCGCAGAGAAGUUCGCUCGCUCGCCACUGGGCUGCUCCCUUCUUGUGGACGGGCGUUGAGCCUCAGUGGAGAUGCAGAGACUCGUGCCCCGCGCAGCCUCUAGCUUGCGGGCGAGGCCUCCUCUCGUUCCGCUUGUUUGGGUCAUAUCAAUCGUGAGCUGUUGCUGACUCGUAUGCGCCAUCCUCCUCAGCCCUCCUCUUUUGAUAUCGCGGGCUGCCCAAGUUCAUCGCUCGUUGCUGUAUGGUCUAUCAGUAGCGCUCUCAAUGUUCCUUAUGCUCAUCUUGUGAGUGGGCUUCGCUCGUCUGUGCGGUCUUGGUAUCGAUGACUGAUGCGUUGACGCACGGAACCACGCGACAGCAUGACUUACAACGCUGAUCUGUAAGUGUCCGCAAAGCAGGAGUCAGACUAUCGGCCAAUUGGGCACUCUUGGGCUGACGAGCGCGCGUCCCAUCCAUUCUCCAGCAUUGGUGCAGUGCUCGCUGGUGCAGUCAUCGGGCAUUACCUCUUCUCCCGCGAUCUUGGUCAUAUCGUGGAUGGGGUGGACAAGGGUCCAGCUUGUCAUUGA